AGCACAGAAUCGAGUGAACGCGGUUUGUACAUUGUUGAAUCGAUUCAUGGUGAGUGUCAAAAGCCGCGCAUGUCCGUCCAAAUCCACCACGGGGGUUUUCUCGCGUGUCCUUUGAACUUGCCUGACAGGAUGUUCGCGCUAUUUAUGCGGGACUCUCCCAGUGGGCGUCACAAACACACCGCGGUCUGAUGCUGCAGGCGACUCACUGCUGCCGCUUCCUGUAUUGAGGCACCAGCGGUCAGCGCGUUGAACAACUGUGCGUUUCAGAGCCCCGCACCCCUGAGUUUAAACACCGAGGGAGUGCUAGCGGAGACCCCGGGGUGUCCGUAUCCUGCCGCGGUUGGACGGAAGCUCAGAGAGGAGGACUUGCUGCUCAUUUCAGCUCGCAGGCGCAGAGCACGAUUUUCACUGGAACUGGUGCUAGCUAGUAGAGGCUAGGUGGCUAAUGGCUAAUAGCAGCAGGUAGAUUACGGACAAGAAGCCGACGAAAACAAACCUGUCGCGUUUUAAACCUUUAGACGAGACCGGAAACCAGCCGACUUUUGAAGGGCAUAUCGGUAUGACUCGGUUUGUCGGUUUGGCGAACUGACAUGCUCCGAAAAGUGCAUUAACUCUGCUAACGUUAACUAGCCAAGUCACUAGCCACUUAGAGCGAAUCCUGUUGCUUUUCCCCCCUCCCAGGUAGAUCUCUGAUUAGGGGCAAGGUUAGAUCAGCCGCCUCGUUGCUCUGUUGUAUUUUUAUUUAUUUUUUUACCGAGUUUAGUUUAGUUAAAAUAGAAAUGGCUCCUAAAAGAAGACCCGUUCCACUGAACAUUACGCCCAUUGGGGAGGGACAGGCCACCUCAAACACCAUCGAUGCUGCAUCUGAAGCCAACCUUGAGGCCUUACAGAAGAAGCUGGGUGAGCUGGACCUCGACGAACAACAGAGGAAACGCCUGGAGGCCUUCCUCACCCAGAAGGCUCAGGUCGGUGAGCUGAAGGAUGAAGAUUUUGAUCCAAUAUGCGAGUUGGGGGCAGGAAACGGAGGAGUGGUCAACAAGGUCCAACACAAACCUUCUCAUUUGGUCAUGGCUCGAAAGUUAAUUCACCUGGAAAUCAAGCCCGCCAUCAGAAACCAGAUCAUCCGAGAGCUGCAGGUGCUGCAUGAGUGCAACUCUCCCUACAUUGUGGGCUUCUACGGAGCUUUUUACAGUGAUGGAGAGAUCAGCAUCUGCAUGGAGCACAUGGAUGGUGGCUCGUUGGACCAGGUUCUUAAGGAAGCCAGAAGAAUCCCUGAAGAAAUCCUGGGAAAAGUUAGCAUAGCUGUGCUAAGGGGAUUAGCUUAUCUGCGAGAGAAGCAUCAGAUCAUGCACAGAGACGUGAAGCCCUCCAACAUCCUGGUCAACUCCCGUGGGGAGAUCAAGCUGUGUGACUUUGGUGUGAGCGGCCAGCUCAUAGAUUCCAUGGCCAACUCCUUUGUUGGAACGCGCUCCUACAUGUCGCCGGAGAGACUGCAGGGCACCCACUACUCGGUUCAGUCUGACGUGUGGAGUAUGGGCCUGUCCCUGGUGGAGCUGGCGAUCGGCCGCUACCCUAUACCCCCACCAGACGCCAGGGAACUGGAAGCCAUCUUUGGACGCUCCAUUAUGGACGGGGCAGAGGGAGAGCCUCGUUCCAACAUGGCUAGACCGAGACCCCCGGGCAGGCCUGUGAGCGGACAUGGGAUGGACAGUAGACCUGCCAUGGCCAUCUUUGAGCUGUUGGACUACAUUGUGAAUGAGCCACCGCCUAAGCUACCACAGGGUGUCUUCAGCAGUGACUUCCAGGACUUCGUGACAAAAUGCUUGAUUAAAAACCCAGCCGAGAGGGCAGACCUGAAGAUGUUGAUGAAUCACACAUUUAUCAAGCGAUCGGAAGUGGAGGAAGUGGACUUUGCCGGAUGGUUGUGCAAAACCAUGAACCUCCACCAGCCCAGUACUCCCACUCGCACCACCGAGUGAUCAAGCAACCUCCACACAAAAGAAAGAAGAAAAAAAACAACCUUGUCUGUCCCUGAUCUGACACAUUACUGGGGUCUCUGCAUUCAUGUACACAAUCCACCACACAUGCUGGCACUAUUUUUUUUUUUUUUUUACUUUUUUUUUUCUUUAUUGUCCAUCUUUUCUCUUGGGUAAAACAUUUGUAGCUUCCCUUUGUUUAUUUCGUCAACAGCAGCAGAGCCUGUUGAGUCAUUAUUGUACUGUAAGACCACAGCUUCACCAUGGUGGUGUCAAGAGCAGCCUCCGUUCACGUUGUCACACCGCUGCAGAGGAUGUAAAGCACUGAAGGGCUGCCGUAGUGUCAUCAGAAUUUCCAGUGGCAAACUUCUUUUGUAUUGUUGAAUAUUCUGUAUUAAUCUUUUCUAUGGUGGCUUGUGGGGCUGUAUUUUAUUAACCUGCUGUAAAAGAAGGAAACAUGUUGUACUGAAAGUUUAAAGGAAAUGUAACCUGCAAUCAUCUUGCAGACUUUAUAUUUGCUAAGUGAUGGGAAAAUGCCUCAAUUAUGGUUCAACCCCCCCAAACCCCUCACAUUUAGUUGAUAGCGGUUUCUUGCAGAUCUUAGAAUCACCUUCAGUUUAAUAAUCAAUAAGAGUGCAUUGCAAGCAAAACGGGCACCCAUGGGAGUCAUUUUCACUUUUUUGGCAUGCAAGCAAUCUUUUAAAGGAUCAUUCUGUGAACACUUUCCCAAACCAAAGAGGGUACUCAUGACUAUUUCUUUUGCUGGUUGUCUUUAAAUUUGUGAGCACCAAAUCAGUGUAAUUUGGUAAUCUAAUUUUCUUUCAAUAAUUGACACUCCAACAGUGUGGAGUUUUUUUAUACUCUUUUUGUCACCAUUCAUAUUUCUUUUACUUCUCUUGCAUGUCUCACAAGGGAUGAGGUAUGUCCUCCAGAAGCUUGGUAUUUGCCAGGAUGUCUAUCUAGACAUUACAAAAAUUAGGACAAAGGCGUUUUCGUGAGUUGAUAUAGCAAGGCUCAAAUUUCUAAUGACUUUGUGUACUUAAGAUCAUGACAGGGAUGAGCUGACGUUUUUAAUCAAGCCUCAGUUUCUGCUAUGAUGGCGCAAGUUUUCAAUUGCAAUGAAUGACCGUUUUUGUUUUCUUUUUUUCCUCUUUAUUGAAUACUUUCUACCCAAAGUGUGUUUGAUUAAUUUUCCAACGUACUGCUACAUGUGACGCUGCAAGUUUCAACUUGGGACAAGACUUGUUUAAAGGCUUGCUUGUGGAAAAGACUUGGGUUAAAAUGCUACUUAAAUACACCCUUUUUUUUCUUGCAACUUUGGUUUAUAAGCGACAAGAACACAGCCUCGCAAUGUAUCGUGAGAUCUGUCAAAAGGUACAAGGGGUCUGACUGGAGAUUUUCACCCAGGUCAAUUUCGGUCACUUGGUGGUGUUACCUGCUAGCCCGCUGUCUUGCUAGAGCUCUUGUAUUCUCUCUUUGCUUAUGGCUGCCCUUUCUACCCUUCUGCCCUGCCCUCUGAAAUGUGCAUUCUUUAAAAGUAAAUGGAUGCAUAUUCACCUGUAUGUGUACAAAGCUAUAAACAAAAAUUACAUGAGUACUAUUUUGCAGUCUUAAUAUACAAAUUUUUGAUUUUAUGUAAAUGACAAGAAGAGUCAUUUUAUUAUAAUAUAAAAUGUGUUGGAAAUGGUUAUAAUGUAUAAAAAAAAUUGAAAUAAAACUUAUUUGUGAAUGUAAA